UACACUGGCUCAGUACUUGUAGGAAAGUAGCCAUCAUGCAGCUGAAGGUUCUGGUACUGUUGGCAGGCGUCAUUGCACUUGCAUGUGCACAAACGACACCCCAGGCCUGUGGGGAGAACGAGACAUGGAAGGAGUGCGUGAGCAGCAGCUGCGCUGAAGGCACGUGCGAGAAGCCCGUCGUAGGACCUGCGUGCACUGCUGACUGCCGCUAUGGCUGCUACUGCGCCGACGGCUUCUACCGCCACCAAGGGCAUUGCGUCCGCCUGGAGGAGUGCCCCGGUCCACAAACGACGCCCCAGGCCUGUGGGGAGAACGAGACAUGGAAGGAGUGCGUGAGCAGCAGCUGCGCUGAAGGAACGUGUGAGAAGCCCGUCGUGGGACCCGCGUGCACUUUGGACUGCGCCUAUGGCUGCUACUGCGCCGACGGCUUCUACCGCCACCAAGGGAAUUGCGUCCGUCUGGAGGAGUGCCCCGGAAACUAGGCAGCAGGGGUCGACAAUCGUGGGUGACAGCGGACGUUAAGGAGCAAAGAAAGCAAACAUCAAGUGAGAUACGAGAAGAAAUAUAGUAUGCCGAAGCUUCUAACUGGAAUUGUUUAAAUAAAAGUUUUUUUCUGAAUAAA